GUAGAUUUAGAUACCGGUAGUUUUGCUCGCGUUCUCCAAAGUAAUAGUACUUUUUGUGUUCCCUUUCCACCUCUGAGCAGGAGACACUUCCAUACACACGCUCUUAUUUUGAAGGCCGUAUCAUCCAUAACAUUCAGGCGAUACAGCGGCGGUCUCGCGCUAACUUGCCAGGGUAAACACGAGCCUGGAGGAGCCAGACGAGCUGCGGUGGCGCCUUAAUAUCAAAGUUUAACGCUUUGUGAAAAAAAUAGUGCACAUCACUGACCCGUUUGUGUUCAACACGGAGUGGCAGAAGCGCACAAAACGCUGCCCACGCGGAGGGAUUUGAUCUGUUUUAGCCGGCUAGCGUGCUAACAUUAGCUUAGCUUAGCAGAGAGAAUAGCACUGCGGCUCCCGAACCUAAACCUGCACGCGAUGUCGCUGGUGGACCUCGGGAAGCGUCUGCUGGAGGCGGCGCGGAAAGGUCAAGACGAUGAGGUCAGAAACCUGAUGGCCAACGGAGCGCCGUUCACCACCGACUGGGUGAGACUGCAACGUGUGCAUCUCGCCGCCCAGCACGGCCAUUACUCCACCGCCGACGUGCUGCUGAGGGCCGGGGUGUGUAAGGUGGACGCUGCACAUAUCGAGGGACACACGGUCAUAGUGGAGCUGCUGGUCCGGAGCGGAGCGGACAUCAACGCCAAAGACAUGCUGAAGAUGACGGCGCUGCACUGGGCGGCGCAGCACGGUCACCACGGCGUCGCCGAGACGCUCAUCAAACACGGCGCCGACGUGCACGCGCUCAGCAAGUUCGACAAGUCGCCGUUUGACAUCGCCGCCGACAUCCAGAACACGGAGCUCAUGCUGCUGCUGCAGGAGGGCAUGCAGAACCAGGUGAACAUGAACCAGGUGAGCAUGAACGUGGAGACCAGCAGCACCAACCAGCCGCAGUUCAUCAUCCAGGGAAUCCCGUCCAUCCAGGGAGGGGUGGUGAACCUGGCCGAGCUGCUCAACAAGGCCAACGCAGGUGACUCGGAGGAAGCAAUGGCCGCCAGCGCUCUGGACUCCAACAUCCAGCACGCCACCGUCGUCAACGAGGCCGGUCAGAGGGUCAUCACCAUAGUAACGGACCAGCACGGCAACCUGCAGACCACCGGAGGCAUGCCGCCGCCGUUCUUCGUCACCAUGCAGCACGGACAGCAGAUGUUGGCGGUGCCGGCCAACACUGUGACGGAGGAGGUGGUGACUGAGGAGCCUCAGCCUCCGCCCUCCAGGAAGAGGAAGCUGGAGGUGACCAACAACCACAACGACACGGGAGAGACGGAGUUGCUCCAGAGGCAGCUGCUGGAGGCCAACAGGAAGGCCCAGGAGUACCGGACGCAGCUGAUGCGUAAGGAGCAGGAGGCCGAGCAGUACCGCAUCAAGCUGGAGGCCAUGUCCCAGAGCCAGACCACCAUCAACAACAACAACAACAACAACAACACCGCCGCCGCCGGGGGCAACGCUGCCAGCCCCGAGGAAGUGGUGGGCGGAGACGAGGAGGACGAAGAGGAGGAGGAGGAGGCGUCCGGCGCGAUGGUGGAGGAAGGAGAGAUGGUGGUGCUGCAGGAUGGAGGGAUCAUCAUGGAGGGGGAGGAGGGGCAGGUCACGCUGGUGGAGACCGGCGGCGAGACCACCGAGGUCAGCUCCUAACGGAGAGGAGAGAGAGGAAGAGACAGAUCUUAAACGGGAGGGGUUUGAGGCACAGCGUGUGUGUGUACCGUUCCCACGAAAAGACAGCGAAGAGGAGAGACGACAUGGCUUUUGUGAGAAUCAAAAUCAGACAAAAAACAAACAAGACCCGAAGUUUGUUUGUGAAUCGUUUUAUUCAACCUUUAAUUGAUUCAAAAAGCACCACUUCAGAGAGGAGGAGAAACUCACAAACACAGCAAGACCAGAGAAUGACUGGCCUAAACACACACACACACACACACACACACACACACACACACACACACACACACACACAC